AUGGCGAAGACAAAUAUUUGUGAGAGAGCUUUGAAAGUGGCACUUCUCUGUGUCAUUGCUUUAGCUUCUGCCAUUGCUGCAGACAACACCAUCUCCGACAGGUGGCAGCAUCCACCUCCUCCUCGUGGUGGAUCGUUUGGAUCUUUUUCUUCCGGACCCUAUCGUGGACCUCCAAGAUACGAGACUUCGCCACCGCCACCUCAUUAUGCUAUAAGCUCAUCUGGACCCUAUCGUGGACCUCCAAGAUAUGAGACUUCCCCGCCACCACCUCAUCAUGCUUUAAGUUCAUCUGGUCCCUAUCAUGGCCCUCCACUCUACGAGCGUUCACCGCCACCACCCCCACAUCCACGUCGUUUGAGGUCAUCGUAUGGAUCUUUUUAUUCGGGACCUUAUCACGGUCCUCCACUGUACGAAAUUCCACCUCCUCCACAUGCCGUAUGA